AUGCAAGCCACCGGCAGAAUCGUUUUCACUGCGGUGCCACGUGUUGGUCACUGUGGCAGAGCAUCUCUCGCACAUCUGUCGUCUGCCGUUUCCCGACGACAUCUUGGAACCUCAGCAUUGGCUCAUGAGAGUGUCUCUGAGGUAUCAGGCUCGCUGGGUACCGCUACACCUCUCUCUCGCCAGGAUCGAGUUCGUAAUGCAAAGCCGUUUUCGGACUUCCUGACAGACACAUUCCAUCGCCAGCACGAUUACCUGAGAAUAUCAGUGACGGAGCGUUGCAAUCUGCGAUGUGUUUAUUGCAUGCCCGAGGAAGGGGUUCCCCUGUCUCCAAACCGAGAGCUUCUCACUACGCCGGAGAUAGUGAUGCUGUCAUCCAUCUUUGUUUCUCAAGGCGUCAACAAGAUUCGUCUUACAGGUGGGGAGCCCACAGUUCGACGGGAUAUACUAUCUCUCAUGCAUCAAAUCGGCGCAUUACGACCCCAUGGCCUGAGGGAACUGUGUCUUACGACGAAUGGCAUAUCAUUGCAUAGAAAAUUGGACAGCAUGGUUGAGGCGGGUCUCACAGGCGUUAAUCUAAGUCUUGACACGCUGGAUCCAUGGCAGUUCCAGAUUAUGACCCGACGGAAGGGAUUUGAUGCCGUACAAAGGAGCAUUGACAGAAUUUUGGAGAUGAACAAGCUGGGCGCUGGUAUCAAACUGAAAAUCAACUGCGUGGUCAUGCGCGGGGUGAACGACCGUGAGGUGCUACCAUUUGUCGAGAUGACGCGUGAGAAGGAUCUCGAGGUGCGAUUCAUCGAAUACAUGCCCUUUGACGGGAAUAAAUGGAGUAAAGGCAAGAUGUUUAGCUACACGGAGAUGCUUGAUCUCAUCAAAGAGCAGCAUCCCGGGCUACAGAAAGUCAACGAUCACAAAAACGAUACGAGCAAAACUUGGCAUAUCCCCGGAUUUGCAGGAAGGAUUGGGUUUAUCACAAGCAUGACGCAUAACUUUUGCGGCACGUGCAACCGGUUACGCAUCACCGGUGAUGGCAACCUAAAGGUGUGCCUCUUUGGCAACGCCGAGGUUUCACUGCGAGACAUUUUGCGGAAGUCGAACAACGGAGAGCCGAUUGAGGAGGAGGCGUAUGAGGCAAUGAAGCAAAUCGAAAUGGACCGAAAGCAAGGUCGUGUUUCCCCAGACCAACGUCUCGGUGUUGCACCCAAUGAAGCUGAGCUGUUGGAUAUUAUUGGCAUGGCAGUCAAAAGGAAGAAGGCCAAACACGCCGGUCUUGGGACUCUGGAGCACAUGAAGAAUCGACCGAUGAUAUUGAUAGAUCCCAUUCCAGCAACUCUUAGCGGCCAAAUACCGACCAAAGUUGGUCGCCUACUCAGCACUCCUGGGAUGAUAAAGCCAGCACAGCUCAGCACGCAUGGUCUUCAUCUCCGUGGUCAUAUGAGGCAAUUUUCAAGUUCACGACAACACAGAAAGUCUGAGGAGAAGGAAGGAGAGAAGAAGGGAGUCCGUCUAACUCAUGUUUCGGACUCUGGGUCAGCACACAUGGUUUCUAUAUCAGAGAAAUCAGUCACCUCUCGAAUAGCCACGGCAUUGUGCACCGUACGGUUCUCCAAUCAGACGGCGCUGCCUCUCAUCCAGGACAACCAAAUGAAGAAGGGCGAUGUGCUCGGGGUAGCCCGUGUUGCUGGCAUCAUGGCAGCAAAGCGAACGCCAGACUUGAUUCCGCUCUGUCAUCCGAUCGCGAUAUCCCACGUCACGGUCGACUUGCAGCCGAAUAAAGUGGACAACGCGAUCGAGAUACGGGCGACAGUGACGUGCGAUGGCAAGACCGGGGUCGAGAUGGAGGCCAUGACGGCGGCAUCAACGGCCGCACUAACGGUGUAUGAUAUGUGCAAGGCGGUGGACAAGGGCAUGGUGAUUGACGGCGUACGGGUGGUGUUGAAGGAUGGCGGCAAGAGUGGACGAUGGGAAUUGGAUUGA